AUGUUAAGACGCCACUCCAUUCAUCCACAAGAAUCCGAAGCUUCCUUCACCUACCUGAGCGAACAUGGCGAUCUAAGCUAUCUUCCCGAUGGCGCCGCCCCUCUUCUAAAUUCAUCCCUCGACGAUUCCCGACUGCAGAGGUCGACGAGGGUGUCGACAAACUUCAAGCGCUCUCCCUCCGUGCCCGCCGUAGCAUCGACAGAAGAGCAAAGCAUGCCAAAAAAGCCUUUCUCCAAAGACAGCGGUGGACUUUGUGAGCAGGCUCGUUUGGGCCUUCCAAGCACAUGGGCUAUCUAUCCUACUUGUGCAAAUGUAUCUGCGUCCAAGACCGAGAAGCAGGAUAUCGAUUUUGCCAGAUUCGACUUUACGCGACCUCUGGAGUUUUCACUAUCUGCCGAAAAGUCCCCUUCUACGGAGACGUUACCUGCCUAUCGUUCCCGUACCAAUUCUGUCGGUCAGCUUGAAGAUACGCUACCUCCCUACCGCGUGGAUGACGAACUCUCCUCUGUCGUUCAAGCCAUCUAUGCACAAAAUGCCGACCUCCUCAAGAAACCAAAACUCAAACGAGCACGACCAUUACCUCGCGACUUUACCGAACCCGAACUCCGAGAGAUUCGUCGCAAAACCAGGCACCGCAUCGGGGUAGUCACAAGAAACAGUCUCGGCCUCACCAUAAACCUCGGUCUCUCUUGUGUAGCGCCACAAAUGCUCAUUGCAGCCGCAAUCAAUGGAUUUUGUCUCGGUGUCGGCGCUCAUAAACUUCAUCAACAUCUUCGCUUCCUCAAGUACAAUGAGUUGCAUGUUCAGAAACGGGACGUCUUUGUCGCUGUGGCUGAAGGUGUCGCCAUCAAAUUGGUUUUUCUGGCCAUCACUCUCAACCACGAUGAUUUCCUCGUUCUCACUCAUGAAUUGGUGUCUACACAUUCUGAAACCAUCACUCCUAUGCUCCAUGAGAUCCCAGGGCUUGGACACGUUCACCACGCUUUCAUGGUUCCCAUUGAGAAGGUACAAGAAUUGCUCGGACUUUCCUCUAUUGCGCAACGAGCAGUCGAAUUUGGAGGUGGGGGUUGGUAUGAUCCCGCAGAGGUUGUGUUGAAGAAUGUUUUUCUCGUGGGAGCUGUGCAGGUUGCCAUGGAGAGUGCCAUUGAUCAGAUACAGGAUCGAUUGAGCAGGACUACGGAGCAUUUCAAGGAACACAAUGCACAUGCAAGGAUUGGGAAGCAGAGGGAGUGUGAGAGUCAGGGUGUUGCGUGGAGUACGGAUGUGGAGGUUUUGUUCAAAAUGGAUGGGAAGCGGUGA